GGAUAGCUGGGGAUGCCAUGUUUUAUACCGUGAUCUGCGUCGGGAUGAAAAUAUUGUUAUUGUCCUACCGAAGCACAAAGAUUGGUCGGAAAGACUCGAAAGGUUACAAGGGAUGGGGAACAUGGCUCGCUUAGUUUUUUGAGAUAAGAUAAGAAGCAUCUGAGACUAGGUAAGAACACCCGGGCCCUAUUUAUUUAAAGUUUUGCCUCCGCCUUACCAUAAGGCUGAAUAGAUAAAUAAUAUCUAUCAAUUGAUCCACACCACCUGAAUAUCGAAAACAAGUUAUAAAUGGUAAAUUAACCAUGCUACAUCAAUCCGCCAAAACGGAACAUACAACCCUGACUCCCCGUAUGAUUAACAUAUCGCCAUCACUCCUCACCAUUCCCUCCAAGCCACGCGCUCCCAUAUCUCACACCUUCUUCCCGCCUGCAUCUGCUUCGGUCCUCCAAGAAUCAAGUGUCCAACCAGAUCACACUCUCAUUAUUUUUGUAAAUGGGCUUGGACUUCCUGCCUCUUCUUGGGAAUCAUGUAUUUCAAUCCUUCGAUCCCGUGUUAAGAACUGUCCAUCACUUUUGACAUACGACCGUUAUGGGCAGGGUUUAACUACAGCUAGGGAUCCUUUAGAUGAUGGAAAGGGUUACGGGCAUGAUUUCAUGGAUGCCGCAAAUGAUCUCCAUGAGAUUAUUCUAGUGAUCGCUAGGACGAAGUUUGGUCUUCAAUCAGAUGAGGUCGGAGAUGGAAAACUUAGUGUAAUAUUUGUGGCUGCUUCAAUUGGAGUAAGUGCUCCGACACAUACACUCUAUACCUUAUUGUCAAAGUCUGAUGUCUUUUAUCCACAUUCCCUGUUAAAUGACCUCGGAAUAACACUCAACUAGGUCCCUAUAUCCCGCCUCUACAUACAAACCCAUCCAUUCAUCUGCGGCGCGGUCCUCGCCCUCGACUCCAACAUCCCAAACGUGAAUUACAGCGAUUUUCUUCCUGACCCAUCAUCCCCAACCUUUGAUCCAUCUCUUGUGGUCGCCCCAGACUGUACGCUCGCGCAAUACAUUGGGGCACGGACAAGAUUAAUAAAUGUAUUUGAUUUAUCUGUUCCGAACGCUGAAUCUAUGGAUCGACGAACUGGACCGACGUUACUACCGUAUGCUGAUCGGCCGAAACUUAUUGGUACGGGUAGAAAGGGCCCGUGGCUGACGGUUGUAGGGCAUGAUCCGGCCACGUUUGCAGAUGUGAGUUUAGAGAGGAUGGGGACACCAAGAAGUAUGAGUAUGAAGUUUACGAAUCCGUGCGUUAAUUCCUUUUUUCUUUGGAGUUAAGUCUAUUGUUCGGGAUAGUUGUCUAAUUAAUAACAUGUAGAUAUUGGGCAAGGUAUAAUGCAGGAUUGGUAAGUGUAACAGAUGAAGGACGAUGUGAGCGUGUGAAAAUUGCGAUUGGCUGUGGGCAUUUUAUCCAAAUGGAUGAUCCAGAUUUUGUAGCUGGGGAGAUUGAAAUUAUUCUUGACAAACUGGAACUGGGAUGAGUACUGAGAUCGGAAUCUAAUUCAUGGGCAAAACUGAUAAGCUUGACCCAUCGCAGUCCAAUCAUUUUUGCUCUCAACACUUUAGACGUCAAUCUUCUCAAUACCACACCAAAAUAAUGUAAAAAUGGUCAACUUUCAAAGUUCAGAUUCGUCCUGCGCAUCCAAAACCGAAGAAC